GUCUUGCAGCACUCAAAUGUAAACAGUGGAAAGAAAGAGAUCGAGAGUAAAAGCUUGGGGUGCUCUCCCGAUUGAGCAGCCCCCGGAAAUCUGCAAUGGCUCGAGUAGCCGGCCUUUUGUUCACCUAGCUCGGGCAGCCCGGGCGGGGUGGAUGGAAAGCCCGUGCGGUGAAGGCUGCCAAUGCCUCUUCCAUGGAUUUUAACAAUAGGGACGGUGGGGAUGCACUAGCUCCCCCCAGUACUGCAGCUCCCGGCCCUGCAUGCUAGUUCAAACGGGGCAAUGGAAACGAGCAUGAGGAAGUUCACAGUGCGUAGAUUCUUCUCGGUCUAUCUCCGCAAGAAAUCCCGUUCGAAGAGUUCGAGUUUAAGUAGAUUUGAGGAAGAAGGCAUUGUGAAGGAAAUUGACAUCAGCCAUCAUGUAAAAGAAGGAUUUGAAAAGGCAGACCCUUCCCAAUUUGAGCUCCUGAAAGUUUUAGGCCAAGGCUCUUAUGGAAAGGUAUUUCUUGUAAGGAAGAUCAAGGGUUCAGAUGCUGGACAACUUUAUGCCAUGAAGGUUCUUAAGAAAGCUACCUUAAAAGUUCGAGAUCGGGUAAGAUCAAAAAUGGAGAGAGAUAUAUUGGCUGAAGUGAAUCACCCUUUCAUUGUCAAGCUUCAUUACGCCUUUCAGACAGAAGGAAAACUGUAUCUAAUAUUAGAUUUCCUACGGGGAGGAGAUCUUUUCACCAGACUCUCUAAAGAGGUAAUGUUUACUGAAGAGGAUGUGAAGUUCUACUUAGCUGAGCUGGCCUUGGCUUUAGACCAUCUCCAUGGUCUAGGAAUCAUUUACAGGGAUCUAAAGCCUGAAAACAUCCUGCUAGAUGAAGAGGGACACAUUAAGAUUACAGAUUUUGGCCUAAGCAAAGAGGCUAUUGACCAUGAUAAGCGAGCUUAUUCCUUCUGUGGGACAAUAGAAUAUAUGGCUCCAGAAGUGGUGAAUCGCCGAGGGCAUACACAGAGUGCAGACUGGUGGUCCUUUGGUGUGCUCAUGUUUGAGAUGCUAACAGGGUCACUGCCGUUCCAAGGAAAGGACAGAAAGGAGACCAUGGCCCUCAUCCUCAAAGCCAAGCUUGGGAUGCCUCAGUUCCUAAGCAUUGAAGCCCAAAGUUUGCUGCGAGCACUCUUCAAAAGGAACCCCUCCAACAGACUAGGUGCUGGCCUUGAUGGAGUAGAAGAAAUUAAGCGUCAUCCUUUCUUUGUUACCAUAGAUUGGAAUAAGCUGUACAGAAAAGAAAUCAAGCCACCUUUUAAACCAGCAGUGGGCAGACCUGAAGAUACAUUUCAUUUUGAUCCUGAGUUCACAUCCAGGACCCCUACAGAUUCCCCAGGUGUUCCUCCAAGUGCCAAUGCUCAUCAUCUUUUUAGAGGAUUCAGUUUUGUGGCAUCCAGCCUGGUCCAAGAGCCUGCUCAGCAAGAUCUACACAAAGUCACAGUCCAUCCAAUUGUGCAGCAGUUACACGGGAACAAUAUUCACUUUACAGAUGGCUAUGAGAUCAAAGAGGACAUAGGAGUAGGCUCAUAUUCGGUGUGCAAGAGAUGUGUGCAUAAAGCUACUGAUACCGAGUAUGCUGUGAAGAUAAUUGACAAGAGUAAAAGAGACCCCUCAGAAGAAAUUGAGAUUCUUUUACGAUAUGGACAGCAUCCAAACAUCAUCACUCUGAAGGAUGUCUAUGAUGAUGGGAAGUAUGUUUAUCUUGUGAUGGAGCUGAUGAGAGGUGGGGAACUCUUAGACCGCAUCCUCCGUCAGAAAUAUUUCUCAGAAAGGGAAGCUAGUGCUGUGCUCUGUACCAUUACCAAGACUAUGGACUACCUUCACUCCCAAGGAGUCGUUCAUCGAGAUCUGAAACCUAGUAAUAUUCUAUAUAUGGAUGAGUCUGGAAAUCCAGAUUCCAUCAGGAUCUGCGAUUUUGGAUUUGCCAAACAACUAAGGGCAGAGAAUGGACUGCUCAUGACACCGUGCUACACGGCUAACUUCGUGGCCCCUGAGGUUUUGAAACGCCAGGGCUAUGAUGCAGCUUGCGAUAUCUGGAGCUUAGGGAUCCUUUUAUAUACAAUGCUGGCAGGGUUCACUCCUUUUGCAAAUGGGCCAGACGAUACCCCUGAAGAAAUUUUGGCAAGAAUUGGCAGUGGGAAAUAUGCACUUUCAGGAGGAAACUGGGAUUCUGUAUCUGAUGCUGCAAAAGAUGUUGUAUCCAAGAUGCUUCAUGUGGACCCCCAUCAGCGCCUGACUGCAGUCCAAGUUCUGAGACAUCCGUGGAUCGUAAACCGGGACUACUUAUCUCAAAACCAGCUCAGCAGACAGGAUGUACACCUAGUGAAGGGCGCAAUGGCUGCCACUUACUUGGCUUUAAACCGAACCCCUCAGGCACCAAGGUUGGAGCCUGUAUUAUCCUCCAACCUGGCUCAACGAAGGGGCAUGAAGAGACUUACUUCAACAAGGUUGUAGCAGAAGAACAAGAACACCUACUCACAAAUCCUACAGCUCCUCCCCGGAGAGGUCCAUCUUUGUUACUCAGCUCCUGGACUCUUGGGUACCGUACAUGAGCAUUGCAGGAAUGACCAGAAGUCCAAAAACAAGGCAGCACUCUCCCUUGGCUCUUUAAAUUUCCUUUUCCAGCCCUGAACAGGACUCUGAUUUAAUGACUUCUCAAAGCUGUGCUGUGCCAACAUUACCAACUGCUCUUCCUUAUUCCCAAGUAAAACCAAAUGAAUUAAUUUCCUCAGAAUCAUUCUAAAGCUCUUUGAGAUUCUAUGAGAACCUGUAAAUGCCUAUAUUAGUUUUAUUAUUUUCAUCAAAAUAAUUUUUAAAGUGUUUGAAAGAGACACUUUUUAAUUGAAAGGCCAAUGAUCUGAGCCCACAAUUUGCUGCCUUAUCAGCUAAUAUGCAUAGAAUGAAUAAUAAUUUUUAAAAAAAACAACAUUGUCCAAUACAUCAAUCCAUCGAUGUUUAUUUCCAAAAGGGCAAAGCUAUGGAAGUAUUCCUCUAAGACUUCCAGUUGGCAGGAUAGUGCCAUGUGCAUUUUGUUAUCUAGGGGUAGACAUUUGUUUGCAUUCAGAGAAACCCAAGGUAUUAUUUUUCCAUCUGCUCUCCUUCCAUUUUGAUUGAGGUGAUUUAUAAUGUCCCUCUUUCUCUUUCCAGAUUGAAAGGAGAGAAAAAAAAGCCUAUCCAAGACACAAAUGAGGCCACCAAGAUAGUAAUACUUUGGCCUUCAUGUACAACUUUCACUAAAAUAAAGAAAAUAAAUUCCUUGGGAAGAGGCAUGGGAAAAACCUAUGUUUCCUCCCAAUUUUCUUACUUCCAUAACCCCUUAGUUCCUAGUAGACAAAAAAGACAAUUAAAGAUUUAGGAAGAGCUUUGAUUUUUCAUUCCCUAUAAGAUAAUUUUCCGCUCCCUAUGCUUUAUAAAAGCAGUACACUUGCUGUUUGCUUUCAUUUUCAGCUCUAAGAAAAAACUGUGACUAUUGAGAAUAUUGAGCUCUGAUAUCCCUGCUCCAGAUUCUGUUGGCUGAGUUAAUGCCUCUCAAGUCUAACUGGAAUCAGGAAGUAUACCAUUCAGGCCUUCCACUCCCUUGCCCUAAAGAAGCAGGGAGGGAGGUAAAGGGAGACAGAGCAAGAGGAUGCAUUAACAGUAGUGAUGCACUUUUUAGGAACUGUGUUUUUGUGUUGAAUGUUAUGUUUCUGUUGGGUAGGUCUAUUUUUAAAUCACUGUUUGACAUUUUAAUAAUUUAAAUGCUAUUUAAAUGUUUGACUUGAUGUGCUGUGCACAUGGGGAGGAGGGUGGCAGCUAAGGGUGGGGGGAAGGGUGAGGGUAGGAGCUUCGAUGUGCUGACCUUUGCCAAAUCAAACAAUGCUGUGAAAUGAAAAUCACCUGGCAAAAAACCCAGCACCAAUCGGCAGUUGUUGGGAAAGUAGACCUAAGUGUUAUUUCAUCUCCCUAAGGAUCCCUGUGGACCCCACUUAAUCCAGUGUGUUCUUAGUCCAGUAACUCUGCUCAGCAGAGUUGCAAAAGAAAGUAGUUUAACUGUUAUUCCAUCUUGUCUUUUUUUUUUUCUGUAUAAUUCACUGAGGACAAACAAUCUAUUUGGUAGUAACUAUGAAAAAAUCCAAGUUAGAUAGUGCAUGCAACAUUUCUUCUGAGCUUGAUGGUGGACCUCCGUGUAAUUUCAUGUAAAUGACACCAUUUAUUUCAUUUCACCUCCUUCCUUUUCCCCUUCCCACUUACGUUCCAUCUAACUCCAUCAUCAAGGUAUGUGCCAAGUUCAGAAAAAAGAUGGCUCAUGCCGAUUACUUUCUGAGCUUGAAAAAUAAACCUACUUAAUAAAUAAUCUUGUUAGAUUUCAUUGUUUAUAAAUUACAAACAAAAGCAUUCAAGUCAUUUCGUAUGUUCCCAUAUCUUCUAUUAUUCUCACAAAUUAUUUGUCAUUUCUUCAAUGGGCGAUUAGACAGAGAAACUUGGGUAUUGGUUGAUGAUUUUUCCCCCUGCUUCAAAAAAAAAGGAAGAUAGCAGAUCUCAGCCUCCAGUGUCUCUCUCUAUGUUGGUCCUAAAGUUGAUGUCUGUUUCUUUUGUUAUUGAAGAUUUUCAAGAUUCCUUGGCUGUUAAACAAGUGAUUUUUGUCACUUCACUUAGGGAUUUUAAAAGAGUUGAAGCAGGAAACAAUGAACAAUGUAGCACCAUUCAGAGAUGGUGAAAGCAAGUUCCAUAUGUAUGUGCUGUAAACUAUAUCGGUUAAAAACUUUUUUUUAAUUCAUGCAAAUUCAUGUAUCUUUAUACACUGAAAUGAUCUCAGAGGCAUUAAUAUAGUCUGCUACUUCUAUAGCAUAUAAGCAUAGUCUGCUUAAUACUACUUUGUUAAUCAGUAUAUUCUAAAUUGGUUAAUUUGUAUCAACAGAAGGAAACAACCUGUUAGAACAACUGCAAAGUAGGUAUUAGAUUCUGUUAUAACCAAAUCCAAUUGGAUGGCUAGAAAGCACAUAAGGUUUUUGAAACUUUUAUUCAAAGUAAAUAAAUACUUAAGCUCACUCAACAGAAAGUCAGAGAAGAUUUUCUCUUCCUCUUAGCAAUGGGCACCCUACACACCAAAUGGUUUAAAUGCAGAAAAGGGUGACUAGUUAAGUCCAUUUAUAAGCACAAAAGCAGUACUGGCCUUCUUAUACCAGAGUAGUAUUUUCUUUUAUCUUUAGCAUACCUUUAAAAAAAAUCAAAACAACUAUUUCAUUUAAUUCCAGCAAAAAAUUAGCCCAUGCAGACAGUAUCAGCCCCAAAUCAAGAAAGAGGCCAAAAACAAAAACAAAACAAAACAAAAAGAUAGGAAAUUUUCUUAUCCAUAAGUAGAUGCUUAACAUUUUUUAAACCUUUUUACAUGUAUUAUUUUUACAUAAAUGAUAGUACUUAAAGUUAAGCCAGUAUUGUUCAUUAAAUGUGGUAUUUUCCUUAAAAUUGCACAAUGGGAUUUUACCUUCUAUUUUAUUGAUUGUUAAAACACAUCAUAAGGACUGCAUUAGCAUUCCACUCUAUUUCUGAGAUGGUUCUAUGUAGCCCUCCCUGCCUCUCACCUUUCAGUGUAAUAAAAAUUCUCAGGAGGAACAAGAUGAGAAUAUUUACCAUUUCAGAAGGCCAGGAAUCAGAUGGCAAUCAGUGCUUUUAGGCUCACUUUUAACUAGUAGGUCAAACAAUGGAAUCUCUGGACAUAUGUAUGUGUGUGUUAAUUAGUAUUUAACAGCUUUUCUACCUAGAUACCAUGACCCAGCACUUUGUUUACAGGUUCAGUAUCUAUGUUUACAAAUCAUUUUUAUGUUCACGCUUUCUAUUUUAUUUGAAAUGAGCAGUCACUGUACAGAUAUUUAUUACGCUUUCCAGAGUUUUCUGAAUAGAUUUUUUUUGAAUAAACAUGGGUUUUUGAAGUGUAAUAUUUUUAUAGCAUAACAACCUUUGGACUUUCUAUAUUGCUCCCAACAAUGGUCUGUGGAUAAGCUUCUUGCUACCUUUCCCCUCGCACUGUUUUCAGUGCUGCUGCUGGCAUCAGCUGCUGUGAUGUAGCAUCCUCAAGAGGUAGAUGGUACUGUAUUGUGAAACUGUCUGAACUAAGAACUGUGUGUGCGUGUGAGUGUGUGUGUGUGUGUGUUUGCAGGUGUGAGAAGCCCAGUUGCAUGAUGAGGGACACUGGUAGAAUAUAAUGAACCGUCGGACUGUACAGUGGGGCAAGAGCUUACAGGGGCAGGCUGCUGGGGAGAAUCCUCAUUGUAUCCUUCUUCUGUACUCUGCCAUUUUGGCUCGGCAUGCACAUCCCUUCUUUAUAAAGAAAUAAAGCAAAAUUCUAUGCUGUU